AUGAUACUGUGGGGUUCUAUAUGUUUGUUCUCCCUUUCCCUCAUACACACUUUCACUCUUUCUACGCUUUUCUCCUCUCUCUUUAUCUUUCUCUCUCUCUCUCUCUCUCUCUCUCUCUCUCUCUCUCUCUCUCACUCUUUCAUGUACACUUUCAUUCACUAUUUCUCUGUUCUCUCUUUCUUUUCUCUCUCUUACACACUUUCACUCUUACUUUUUCCAUUAUUUCUCCUCUCUGUCUUUCCUUCUUACAUACACACUUUCUUUUUCUCUCCUCUCUCUCUCUCCUCUCUUUCUCUUCUGCCAUUAUAUUGCCCCGGCACACACCUAUGCUGCGUAUUCACCUUCCACCAAGGCCAGAGAUGUAACUAGAAUGGCACAGCUGUAGCACUGCCCUUUUUGGCUCCCGUGUGCCAGUAUGGGGCUCAGUUGCCGCAAACUGCAGGAGCACCGAUCUGUUCACGCUAAGGGCACUACAGGAGAGAAGGACAGAUCAGCCCUGAGCCAUGAGGCUUUCUUGCUUAUGGCAAACUCCCAGAAUGACAUGGAGGAUUGGGUCAAAGCCAUCAGACGUGUCAUCUGGGCUCCUUUUGGAGGAGUUAUAUUUGGGCAACACCUAGAAGACACAGUACAAUAUGAGAAGAAGUUUGGGCCCCGGCUGGCUCCUCUGCUGGUGGAGCAGUGUGUGGAUUUCAUUCGGGAACAAGGUCUGAAAGAGGAGGGUCUCUUUAGGAUGCCAGGACAGGCCAACCUUGUCAAGGAACUCCAAGAUGCUUUUGACUGUGGGGACAAACCUCUGUUUGACAGUAACACAGAUGUUCACACAGUGGCGUCCCUCCUGAAGCUUUACCUCAGGGAGUUACCUGAGCCUGUAAUCCCCUUCAGCAAAUAUGAGGACUUUCUAACCUGUGCACAGCUUCUGCUAAAAGAUGAAGAAGUGGGACUCCCUGAGCUUGUGAAGCAGGUGAACACUCUUCCUCAGGCUAAUUAUAAUUUGUUAAAGUACAUUUGCAAAUUCUUGGAUGAGGUGCAGUCACAUUCAAAUGAGAACAAGAUGAGUGUUCAGAAUCUUGCAACAGUUUUUGGACCAAAUAUCCUUCGGCCUAAAGUGGAGGACCCGGUUUCAAUGAUGGAAGGAACCUCUCAGGUCCAGCACCUGAUGACAGUGUUGAUCAGUGAACAUGAGCUGCUAUAUGUUGGGACAGAGGGAGAUGUUUCGUCUGAGCAGACAGAAAGCUGUCCUCGGGCCAUGGUGGAGUGGAUCUCUGAGGAGGAGCCUCUGAACUGCCCAUCACCAAGUAAGACUUCCCAAAUGGUAGAGAGUGUUUCUGGUAGUGCCACAUCUUUGGAAAUCAAUGCAGGUGCCCCAACCACUGCCAAAGUGAUAACUCAGGGAAAAUCUGGGGUGAGCCCCAGCAAGCAGGCAAAAUCUCUUCCCUCCUGGAAGUACUCCUUCAAGAGUGGAGGGGUACGUGCUCAACCCGCAAAAAUUGGGGGCUCAUCUGUGGACGUAUCCAGCCUGCCCAGCACUGGAAACUGGUUAAUGAAUGGGCUUUCAUCUCUGCGUGUUCAUCGUCGUACGUCUUCAGGAGAACGGAUGGGCAAGGAUUCAGCUCUGUCACACCGUUUGUCCACUUAUGACAACGUGACCUCUUCUAGUCUCAGCGUGCCCAGUGCCGCAAGUACGCCCUGGUCCACGUCCUCCUGCGAGAUCUUAGUGGCAGACUCGGUGGGCAGUGACCCCUCUGGAUUGAACUCUUUGAAGGCUGGGUGGUCAGUUGGAGGAUCUGUUCAAGGGCAGGGGGAGGACAGGAGUUCAGAGGUCACAGACAGCAGUGAUGCACUUGGAAUGUGUGUGAGCAGUGCAGGUUGCAGUGAGAAUGGGAAUUUAGAAGAUCUGGCGACCAUCACAGGAGGUAAUGAAAAUAGCACGACGGCACUUGAUAGCCUGGUAACAGAGCUGAAAGACGAGUUGAAGAAGCAGAAGAUCAACUAUGAAUCACGAAUACGAAAGCUUGAGGAAUCAUGCAUAGCUCUGCGCUACCAGAUGGAGAGACUAGAGGAGGAGUUAGACCAGGAGAAGAAAAAGCAUCGCAUGUUGGAAAUUAAACUUCGCAACUCUCAGCGGGCCCGUGAGGACGCAGAGAACCGGAACCGUUUACUUCAACAUGAGAUGGAGGAGUUCUUCUCCACUCUGGGAGAUCUAACCUUGGGAACACGGACACGCAAAAUUUGACUAUCCCUUUGAUGGUUCAGUACUCAUUUAACACUGAGAGACUGUGUUGUAGAUUGAAUUGUGGAAUCUCACUGCUCAUGCAUCAUGAGUAUUCAGAGGUAAUUUCAUGCUGUUUUGUUACAGCUGUUAUCAUGUGUAGCAGUUCUACUUUUCCCUUUUAUCUUCAAUCAUAAGUUUUAGGGUAUGGUUCAAUUACUAGCAGUCAUUACUUUAAUAACAUGCACAGUAAAUACCAAAGCAUUACCUUCCUGAUCAGACUGUUUGCAAUAUUUGCCCUUCAAAAAGGCAGGCCAUUACAACAGCAAUGGAUUUUAAUGCAUGUUAUGAAAGAAAUCCUGUUUUAUUGUCUCUUAAAGUUCUCCCAAUUCCAUUUGUAAUUAACAAGUCUAUACCAUUUAAUACCAGUCACCAUUUAUAGUCAAGCUGCAUCCUAUCACACUGUGCCUGACACUACCAAACACAAUAGUAUGUCAUCGAUGGCUCAAUCAGACUACAAAGACAAAUGUUAUCAGCAAAUCCCUUCAUUGUAAGUAAAAAUGCACUAUAUAAUUUUUUUUUAUUUUUUAUUAUUAGACGAGGUAACAUUGUAGCCAUAAUAUGUCAAAAAAUAAAUAAAUAAAUUGACUAUUAGAAAAAGGACCAGAUAAUUUCAGUUGCAAGAUUGUCAAGGCUAGUAUUUAUUUAAGCUUAUUAAUGUAAACCUAGAAUUAUUCCUCGGGUUUUUUUUUUCAAAAUACACUCAAUGAACGAGUGUAUUUAUACAAAAGAUGACAGAACUAAGGCUGAUAUAUACUUGAAUGUGUUCGUAUAAAGUAAGACCUUUUGUUUUCUUGUUAAGUGGUAAUUUUUUACUGUUUAUUAAUUUCUGUUUGCAGAAAGUGCCAAAGUAGAGGCCCUCAGAAAAUGGGUAUUGAUAUGAUUUCAUUUUAAAUCAAUACUCACUAGCGUUAAUUAAAUACAUUUACCAUUGCCAUCAAAAUUGUGCAAUGUUGUGACUUCAUGAUGUACUAAGAAAACCAUAAACAACUUGUAAUGAGUGACCUAACAACUAAAUCAUACUGACUAAUAACACAUUGCAGUGAAAACUGAGUUCUGUAUAAAGUUUUCAAAAACACUUUCAAGGGCUUAAAAAAUGCAUCUUAUGUGAUAUAAUGUAUAAAGCAAAAAUGUCCACUGUCAAAUCAAAUACUGUAUAUGUGAAUAACUUUUUGGAAAUAGGGAACAAUGUUAUGACAAAUUAUGACAGACACUAAGCAAACCAAUUUUCUGACAGUUUAUUUCUAUUUUUCCAGUUGUAAUGAUGUUAACACAGUUGAAUUUACGUGCACUCUAAAGAGGUGGUAAUCUGUAAACCCUACAAAACAACUGCAUCAGUUUGUGAAAUGUAAUAAACUCGGCUCCAUGAUCAUAUA